AUGACGGCGCAAUCAUUACGGGAGAUAUCUGCCCACAAUCUACGCACCUUCAAGAGCCACUAUGUCUCGGAAAUAUCAGGAUCCCUCGGCGAUCUGGGAACCUUUCUCCCAAUCGCCAUCGCGCUAGCAGUGAACGGCAGCGUUUCCCUAGCCAGCACCUUGAUCUUCUCCGGUGUCUACAAUAUCCUGACAGGAUUGUAUUUCGGCAUUCCACUCCCCGUUCAGCCAAUGAAAGCGAUCGCUGCCGUGGCUAUAGCCCGCAGCUUUUCCAACGGGUCAAUCGCCGCAGCCGGGAUCUUCGUUGGCGCUUGUAUUCUUGUAUUCAGUGUUACUGGCCUGCUGCGCUGGUUCUCUAAUGUUAUACCAAUUCCUGUGAUUAAAGGAAUCCAGGUUGGAGCGGGGUUGUCCUUGGUUAUCUCUGCUUGUGGGAGUAUGCUAGCGCCUUUGGGAUGGAUUAGCCCGUCUUGGGCUGAUAAUCGGAUCUGGGCCCUUGCUGCCUUCGUCGCUCUUGUGACUACCAAUAUAUUUCGACGUGUACCUUAUGCUUUGACACUGUUGGUGCUUGGUCUCGUGUUUGCGAUCAUUCGGACUACGCUCGCUGGUCAUCUGCCUGCAUUUGAAAUUUGGCAUCCGUUUAUCGUGUUGCCAACUCCUUCCCAGUGGCGAACUGGUGCUGUUGAUGCUGGUAUUGGUCAGAUUCCCCUCACCACUCUUAACUCCAUUGUUGCGGUUGUUCACCUUGCGCAUGACUUGCUGCCGAAUGUUCGCGCUCCUUCCAUCACGCACAUUGGUUUAAGUGUCGCCGGAAUGAACCUUUUGGGUUGCUGGUUUGGCGCAAUGCCUGUCUGCCAUGGUUCCGGCGGUCUAGCAGCUCAAUAUCGAUUUGGUGCACGGUCGGGCGCUAGUGUGAUCUUCCUUGGUGUUCUGAAGCUCAUCAUUGGGCUUUUGUUUGGAGAAACCCUGAUCGACCUGCUCAAGCGCUUCCCGGUGGCAUUCUUGGGCGUGAUGGUCAUUGCGGCUGGCCUUGAGCUCGUGAGUGUUGGCGAGAGCUUGAACACCUCUGCUGCCCGGGAUAUCGGUCGCGCUGGAAGCCACAUGCUAGGUAUUCCAGACCAGCACAUUGGCCCUGUACUCACCGAUGAAGAGCGCAAACGACGAUGGACUGUGAUGAUGGUGACCGUUGGGUUGUUGGUAGGAUUCAAGAAUGAUGCUGUUGGCUUUAUUGCCGGAUUGCUGUGUCAUGCGGCUUAUGAACUUCCAGUCUGGUGGGAGAAAGCCCGGGCCCGAUGGUCAGAGGGUCGUCUUCGUCUUCGGUAA